AAGUUCAGCAUUUUUUUUUUUUGACAUGUCGGACAGCGAUACGGAUACCGAGGAGGAGCUUUUCCACCUUGCCACCGAGCAUGUGGCCAAGCAGUCGACCAGCAUUGGUUCCGCGGACCUUUUAAUAUUUUACGGAUACUACAAGCAGGCUACGAAUGGCCCCUGCAAGGAGCAAAGUCCGGGUCUGCUCCAACUGAAGGCCAAGAGCAAGUGGCAGGCAUGGCGGAAUCUGGGAACAAUGUCCCAGUCCGCUGCCCGGCAGGCCUACGUCCAGAAGCUGCAGGAGCUUCAACCCAACUGGCGGUCCUGGCGCAACCCAGGUUGGGUCGUCCAUUCCAUUGAGUCGGCCCCACUGGAGGACCAACGUUUGGACAGUGAAAAGACCCUGUUUGACCACGUGAAGGAGAACAAUCUAGAAAGGCUGAGGGAACUGCUGCAGCCCGGUGACUUGGUUAAGCUGGACGAGCAUGGCAUGGCGCUCAUCCAUUGGGCCACCGAUCGCAAUGCCGUCGAAAUCAUACAGUUCCUGGUGCGGAGUGGGGCCAGUGUAGAUCAGCGAGAUGCGGAGCAACAGACUCCGCUGCACUACGCCGCCAGCUGUGGACACUUGGAGGCGCUCCAAUGCCUGCUGGAGCUACGGGCCAGCCUGGAGCUACGCGAUUCUGAUGGACAGACUUGUUACGACGUGGCUGACGAUGAACAGAUCUGCCAGGUGCUUCAAACGGAACGGGAACGACUCGCUGGAUCCGCGUCCUGAUGUCAAAAUCUUAAGUUCGGUGCUCAUUUGCUUUAAAAACAGCAAGGUGUUGUGAACCAUUGUAAAUCUCCGACAAGUCCCCUGUAAGUUCUUUGGAACUUUAAUAAACAUACAUUCAUAAAUGUAA